CAAUUUUCUAUGAGGAAAAUUUAAAUGAAACCAUCGUUUAGACAUUCCAUUGUUGGAGAACAUGCAGGAAAUCAAAGCAACAUUAUACAUUCCAGUGCUUGUGCUGUCAAGUUAUGUCUCGUUGCAGCAGUCUGUAAUGGCGGUUAUGUCACAGUAUCCAAUUUGCAGAUCGAAGAGGGAGACAUAUGCUUAUUCAAUUGUUGAUUGGAGGAGAGGAGUGAAAAGUGAUUGCGAACUUUGCUGUACCCUCUCAGUUAUGGUGCCUUGCGUAAAUUCUUCGCAAGACUUGAAGUUGUUAUACAUUCAUGCAGAAUAAUGUCCAGAAACAGGACUAAACAUUAGUCGCUUGUCAGAUUUGUAGUUUCCCCUACAACAGUUGUUGGAUAUAUUGCUGUAAGUGCGCGUUGAUUCUUCGCUAUACUUUGCACUGUGUUGAUUUUAGGCUCAUGUUUGGGACCGUUCUUCCCUUGUUUUGUUGGCUAGAUGAAUAGAAUUUAUCAAGCCGCCUGUCGCUAAGUCUACCAUAUGCUAUCGAUAUAUCCCUCGGAUGCCUCAGCCCUCUAUUAUUGUUCUCUUUGUUCUAUAUCAGUAGUGCUUUUUGCACUUUGUCUAUCACUUCUCUUUACCUACAUUAUUACGACUGCACGUACUGUCAGGGUUAUAAUACGUCUUAGCGCCAUAAUCAGUCCUCAAGUGGUCAGAAUCCGGAAGUCAAUGUCGAAGUCCCUGAACAGAUCAAACUACGAAACGGCGACUGUAUGGUCUCCGUAGACAAAAAUGAUGGUAAAUUUGAUGUUUCUGCGGAUAGUAAUUCUUUUGCUGAAGAUAUUUCGCUGGAUAGACUUAGUUGCAGAUACAAUAUGUAAUUCAUGCAUAAUUUAAUCCCUUUACGGGUUUAGAUUAUGCCACUCUCAUCCUCGGGUUUUGAUUCGGUGUUCUGCUCUCACUAAUGUUUGUUAUGUUGCAGUUCGUGUUCACUAUUUUCCGUUCUUGACAUUCGUUAUUGUUCGGGAUGUGUCGUUAUCGUCUUUUACUUUCCGUGGUAAAGUUUCGUGCUUUUGGUCUAUCUCUCUUUGAUUAUAGGUUGUUCGGACAAUUGUUUUUUGACUACUGCAUUUCAUUAGAAUUUAUUUCGCGGUCACUGUUACAAGUUUUGCUCUGAUGAUUCCAACCUUGAUGUCAAACUGUUUUGGCAACAUUUAUCCAUUCCUUCUGUAAAUCUCGAGUGUUUAUUUCCAUACUAUGUCUUUGACGUAUUUAUUUAGCUGUUGCGCUACCUUUCAUGUAGAUUUACAUGGAAUAAAAUGAAGUCAUUGAGGGGAGGGAGAGAGGGGUAAAUGGUG